GAGGCGUUUUCGAAUUUUCAGAGGGACUAGCGCCUUUUAUCCCCCUUGCUUUGGUUUGUCUCCAAUUCGCAGCCUGGGAAAGCGGCGCUCGCUCUGCAAGCGGAAAAGCUAAGAGGGAGGCAGCCAUGGCAACCAGGAGUCCCACCAGCACGUCAUUCUACGAUGAAGUAACCUGUUCCAUCUGCCUGGAGUACUUCGAAGACCCAGUGACUGUAGACUGCGGGCACAACUUCUGCCAAGACUGCAUCACCCAAUAUUUGGGGGAGUCCGACGUAGACCCUUCCUGCCCGCUGUGCAGAGAACAGGUUGAGCCAAAUAACUUCAGCCCAAACUGGCAACUGGCAAGCCUUGUGCUUAUCAAGAAAAUUCAGGAGGAAGGACAAGUUGAGGGAAAGGAUGGGGUAUGCAAGACGCACGGGGAACCCCUGAAACUCUUCUGCAUGGAUGACAAAGUCCCCAUUUGCGAGGUGUGCGACGGGUCGAACUUGCACAGAGGCCACAGUGUGUUUCCCGCUGAAGAGGCUUCUCACCAGUAUAAGGAGAGAAUUGGUAUCUAUGUGAAGUCUUUGAAGCAAGAGAGGAAAAUGCUUGUGGACCGGAAAUUAGCUAAAGAUCAGAAAAAGCAGAAAUGUCUGAAACAGUUAGAAACAGAGAAGCAGAAGAUCAUGUCCGCCUUUGAGCAAAUGCACGAGUACCUCGUUCAGAAACAGCACCUCUGGCUAGAGCAGCUGGAAGACCUGACCGAAGAGCUGGAGAGGAAGCAGGAUGAGAACCUCGCCAGAGUCUCUGAGGAGAUUUCCCGGCUCAAUGGGCUGAUUGCGGAGAUGGGAGGGAAGUGCCGGCAGCCCCCGAGAGAAUUCUUGCAGGACGUUAGCAAUGUUAUCAGUAGGUGUGAGGAGAAUUUAGUAGAGCCUUUGGUGGACCUUCAUUCCUGCUUGGAAGCCCAUUUCAGAAUCGCCGUUCAGAAAAACACUGCUUUAGAGGAGGCCAUGGAGAAUUACAAAGAUUCCCUGGAGCGAGCUCUGGAAGCAAACAACUUGGAGGAAGCUGUCAAAACAGUGAAUGUUGUUCUGGAUCCAAACUCAGCGCACCCCUAUCUCGUUCUCACUCCGGACCGGAAGAGCGUGCGAUGGGAACCGUCGUGGAAGGAGAGGGAGUGGCGGAAGAAAAACAUUUCCCAGCAUUUGGACAGAUUUGACUGGGAGGUCUGUGUGCUCGGCUGCGAGAGGUUCAUUUCGGGGACGCAGUGGUGGACGGUGGAGGUCUUGGGAGAAGGCAGCUGGACCCUGGGGGUGGCGAGAGACUCGCUCGCGAGGAAAGGACCCUUCAACGUCAGCCCUGACGAGGGCAUCUGGGCUCUGAGGAAGCCGUUUUGCGACACGUACCUGCCUCACGAAGUCUUGGCCUUAACUUUCCCCGAAACCACUCCGUUGAUGUUGACUAAGGAGCCCAAGAAGAUUCUGGUGGCCCUGGACUACCCGUUAGGCUGGGUGGGCUUCUUCAACGCCGAUACCGACGAAUUCAUCUUUGCUUUCCACUCGGCAUCAUUCGCUGGGGAGAGGAUCAGGCCCUUUUUCCAGCUGCGGGAGAGGGGAUUCGCUCUGAAGUGCUGACUCUUGAGGGGGCCUCCUGUCACCCCCAAAAACCCCACCCAGAAUGGUGGUGACACACUAGAGCUUUAUCUGUGACUAUAUAAGGGCGGCCAUUUUAACUGGUUUUCAGGCAGGAUUCCGUUUCCUGACCACAGCUUUUAGAUUGUUUCCCCAUCUGCUUUAUUUGCAUGUUUCCAAGAAGGCUUAGAGGCCCUCCGUGUCAUUACUGUGUUUUGAAAUAAUGAUUCCUUCUAACUUUUUUAAAUAUAUAUAAAAAAGCUGCAGACAAUCAAAAAAUUUAGGGGUAUUGAUCCAGUACCUUUGACAGGGGAAAUGAACAAAUUUGAGAAUUGCCCUCACUUUGCAGGUGUCGGGGGCAAACAAAAAAUGUGAACUCUACCAGAAAACCUUAUUAUUAUAAAAUUAUUUUGUGGUAGAAAGGAGGUUUAUUUCAGGAUAUUGCAGUUGGAAGAAGCAUAUAACUGUGCUCCCUUUGGGCUUUUGCAUUUACUUCCCUGUGCUUUAUUUCCACCAUUCUUUCCCUCCAUAUGAAGGAAUAUAUAUAUAUCUGUCCCUCAACAACUGCAAAGGGGCAAGUUGGCCCUUUGUAGCCAUUCCACGCAAUUGGGUCCCCUCCAUGACCAGGGGUUGCGAUCGCAAAGAGUGGUCUGUACUUAAACAGCUACUCAUGCCUUACUCUCUCUUUCGGAAAUGUCAAGAGGUGGGUUUGGGGUACAAUUUUGGGAUGGGGCUCACGGUGCAUGCCUCUGCUUCCCUUCUACACAAAGAGGAUUGUAGCUGCAAUGGGGAGGUCUCACUGGUGAGGAAUACGUUUAUUUUGGUGGGUGAAGGGUUUAUGUAGUCACGUGACAUUCUAGGUCAGGUGACUGUGAAUCUGAGAGACUAGGUAGGAGUUUCCUGCAGGAGGGGAACCACUAUAAAGAGUGGGCAAGUGUGGUAGUGGAAUGAGGUCAGAAUAAGACAAACUUAAUUCCCAUCUUUGCAAUACGUUU